GCCGGAGCGUCCAAUGCCAAGGGGCAGGCCCGGGACAGGCCCAGAAGGCAGCAGCCAGGCUCCAGGGUCCAGGUACCUCCUGCUCCUGUGUCGGCCUCAGGGUCUGCGCCCGUGGAGCCGGCCGGGCGACCGCUGCUGAGCCUCGGCCCUCCGCCCCCUGCCGCCUGCUCCUCCCGCUUCUCUCUCGAAACUGCCCGCCUCGGCGGCCCCACCCAGCCCUGUUUUUCCUUCCUUGCGAAGCCUGGGUCUGAAAGGCUCCCGGCCGGGCCGUCCGCUCCCUGCCCUCUGUGUCUCCACUGUCUGGGUCUGCGGGAAACUCCUGUGCUGAUAACGCUCGGAAUUUGACCAAAGGAUGACUGAAGCAAUCGAAACCCAAUGAAGCUGUUAACUGUGGAGGAAUUCAACACCCACUUUUGUAGCAGAUACACCCAUGAACAGACGAAUACCUACCUAUGUUCCCGAGUGGAAAGCAAAGACCGUCACAGGAGUAGAGUCUUCCAAUGCAAGGAUGCCCUCCACGCAGAAGAGCACUUCCUGUAUUGGUUCCACCAGAUGCCCUCCGGUAAGUGCUACGAGAUCACCUGGUACAUAUCCUGGAGCCCCUGCUCCAAGUGCGCGAGCCUGGUGGCCCAGUUCCUGAAGCAGAACCCCCAGGUGAGCCUGAGCCUCUUAGCCGCCCGCAUCUACUAUGACCAAGUUCCAGAAAACCAGGAGGGGCUUCGCCUGCUGUCAGCGGCCGGCGCCCAGCUCCACAUCAUGUCCAGGGAAGGUUUCAAAAACUGUUGGGAAAACUUUGUGGAUAAAGGAAAAAAGGAAUUUGACCAGUGGGACGAGCAGGAUGAAAAUGAGUCUCAGCGCCUGCACAAAAGGCUAAAGGAAAUUCUGAGAAACCCAAUGUCCCUGCUAAAAGAAGACGUAUUCUACUAUCAAUUUAACAACUGUCACAAGGCCCCAAAGCCGUACCGGCGGAGACGGACCUACGUGUGCUACCAGCUGCAGUGGCACGAUGGCUCAAUUGACAGAGGCUACUUGCAAAACAAGAAAGGUCACCAUGCAGAAAUUCGCCUUAUUAACAAGAUCAAGUCAAUGGAACAGAAACUGGACCGAAACCAGAGCUGCCAAAUCACCUGCUACGUCACUUGGAGCCCCUGCUUCAACUGCGCCGAGGAGCUGGAGGCCUUCAUCGGGGACAACCCCCACCUGAGCUUGCAGCUCUGCACCUCCCGCCUGUACUUCCACUGGAAACCGGACUUCCAGAGGGCACUGUGGCUGCUGCAGAAACCCCGCAUCUCGGUCACUGUCAUGAGCUCCCAAGACUUUGCCAACUGCUGGAGAAACUUUGCUGACCACCAGGGAAAGCCCUUCCAGCCUUGGAAGACUCUGGGUCUACUGAAUGAGAGCAUAAACAGACGGCUCGGCAGGAUCCUGACGAAACUGGAUGGUUUAAAUGAUGCCUUCAGGAAUUUGCAACUUGGAUUCCCGUAGCCAAGAAGCAACUCAGAAUGAACCAUCCCCAGAGCAUCUCAGAGCCUCAUGAACUGCUGACCCUUAGGACCAAGGAGUGAGCUCCACAGACAUACUCCAAGCCUAACCUCAGCUCAAGUCCAGAAGACCUGUCUUUUCUCCUUCAUUCAUUUUUGCCCCCCCCCCUUUUCAAGGGUUACAUAUUUUUAUAAUUGGAAAAAAAAAACAAAUAAAGAUAAUUUUUUAAAUCUGUA